AUGCUCCAAAAACAAACAACACGUGAAAACAUCCAAAAAGCAUUAAAAUGUUCAGCCAACUUCAAAGCCCCUGGCCUAGACAGAAUCCCAUAUGAACUGUGGAGGGUCCUCAACAACAGAUACCACACAGCAGAAUGUGUCAAGAAGCCCUCAUUUGACAUCCUAGAGAUACUAAGGAAAGUAUACAAUGACAUUAAAUGCCAUGGGAUGGUACAAGGAACAAACUUUGCAGAAAGCUGGAUUGUCAUAGUUCAAUCACUUUUUCAUCUUUCCAUUGACAAUCUUAUCUUAUCUCAACAUGGGUUAUCUUAUCAUGGAUCACGGCAUCACAUGGUCUGGACUAGGGGCUCAGGGGGGUUAUCUCUAUCAAUUCAAGGCUGUGCAACAUAUGCUCCAGAAGGUUCUACCAUGACCCAUGACCAGCACUCUAUGCAGUACAUAGUCUUAUGA